AUGCGCCUGCGGCCGCUGCCCCUCGUCGUGGUCCCCGGCCUGCUGCAGCUGCUGUUUUGUGAUAGUAAGACGGCGGUGCAUGCCACAGACGGGCUGGACUGGGAGGACAAAGAUGCCCCUGGGACCUUGGUGGGCAACGUGGUUCACUCGCGGAUCCUCAACCCGCUGCGCCUGUUUGUCAAACAGUCCCCGGUGCCCAAGCCCGGGCACCUGGCCUACGCGGACAGUUUGGACAGCUUCUGGGACUGGCUGGCCAACAUCACGGAGGCCCAGGAGCCCUUGGCAAGAACUAAACGGAGGCCCAUAGUCAAAACGGGAAAGUUCAAGAAAAUGUUUGGCUGGGGUGACUUCCAUUCCAACAUUAAGACUGUGAAACUCAAUCUGCUGAUCACGGGAAAAAUCGUGGACCACGGCAACGGAACGUUCAGUGUGUAUUUCCGACACAACUCCACGGGCCUGGGCAACGUUUCGGUGAGUUUGGUGCCCCCCUCCAAAGUGGUGGAGUUCGAAGUGUCCCCGCAGUCCUCCUUGGAGACCAAGGAGUCCAAAUCCUUCAACUGUCGCAUCGAGUAUGAGAAGACAGACCGGGCCAAGAAGACGGCCCUGUGCAACUUCGACCCGUCCAAGAUCUGCUACCAGGAGCAGACGCAGAGCCACGUGUCCUGGCUGUGCUCCAAGCCCUUCAAGGUCAUUUGCAUCUACAUUGCCUUCUACAGUGUCGAUUACAAACUCGUGCAGAAAGUCUGCCCUGACUACAACUACCACAGUGAGACUCCUUACCUAUCUUCUGGCUGA